AUGACUAUUCGGCACGCAAAAAAGAUGCAGAAACUUGUUUUUUCUUUAGAUAUAUGUACCAUCACUGAACUGAAAUAUGUCGCCCAACAGCGGACUGAAAUAUGUGAUCUAACACAUAAUCCUAGCAUAUCGGCCAUCACUGAACUGAAAUAUAAGUGCGAUCCAACACAUAAUCCAAGUGUAAGAAUAAAUUUAAAAAAAUAUAACUUUUUUUGUUUAGAUUUGAUUGAAAAUCUUAUCGAAGCGUAAGUACCCAGGCAAGCAAAAAAUAAGGGAGGACGCCCGACAUGACUAGUCUCAAAUGUCGGCACUACCGUCUGGUCUAGUCUGAAGUGACUUGCAGCCCGUCAAGACUAGUUGUCUUGACGCAAAAGGCCUAGCAACUUAAUAUAGACUAGUCCGAAACAUGCUCUCACCCUGUCAUGACUAGUCCAUUUUGUAUAAUCAUACUGUCCAGACGCGUCAGUCUAACGAUAAAACUCAGAAGAAAAGGAGAGCAUAUGUGGAUUCGAACAUUUGAUCUGACAAUAUUGAAUAGCUGACUAGUCCAGAUUAUUUUCAAUAGCAACCCAGACUAAUAUGAAGAGCCACUAGUACUAGUCAUGACUGAUUGUUUUUAAGGAACUAACGCCAGUUUUGAUUCAGAAUAGUCUAAACUCCUUAAAUAGUCUCUUUUGGUUACAUUUAAGCAUACGAGCCACUUAUUUAGACUCGUUUAUACGGAGACUAGAACUAUAUAUCCAGCGAGGUUUGUCUAUUGUACGUCCUUUAAAUAUUCAGACUGUGAUAAUAAUUAAGAAAAGUUUUAUUAGAACAAUGAAUUUUACUAUUUUUCUAUGAGAGUCUUAUUAUAUCUUAAUAUAAAAUCUGAUGAUUUGAAGUGAAACGGAGAUUUAAAUCAGAAUUAUAGCUUACUUUCAAAUUCAAACCGGAAAUGUUGUAAAUGAAGACAUACGUAAACUAUGAUACGAAAGGCCAGAUUUUUUGAAAAUAUACAUUAUUUUUAUUUUCUUUUGAAUAUUUUAAUUGUUUUUCAAAUAGAAAAUAAUAUUUUCCAAAUAUCGAGGUUCAAAAAAAUUUUAUUUUGAAGGAAAGUGAAAAAAUUCUCAAUCAAUUUUAUUUAGCUUUAUUUAGCUGAUUUACUAUUGUGUAUUAAAUAUUUUUUAUUAAUAUUCAAACUUGAGAAAGUGUAAGUCAAACUAUAUUAAUUAGCAUCUUAGAAUGUCUAUUGACAUGUUAAAGUUGAUCACUUGAUCAUAUGGUUCAAUCGGGUAAAGUAUAGGUAAGUAACAUAUGCUAUGGAUGUUCGAAUCUAACUCUGCACGCACUUCUAUCAUUUAGACUAGUCCGUACUAGACCACUACAUAUAAGUAGAUCCUGAUAGAUGUCGUGUCACUGACGCUCUUCCUUUUUAAUUUACAAUGUAUUUCGGACGGGUCCGGACCGGUGCUAAACAUGGUAAACGAUUUCGGACUAGUCAUCUAGGAGUCCGUUUUGAGAAAAAGACUAUACCGGACGUGCCGUCUGGACUACGUAAAAGACUAGUCUUUUUACCCGUCUUUUGCUCGCCUGGGUAUGAAUUGAUAAAUUAAGUUGCGUAUUUACCCAUACGAUCAAUUUUCAGGAUGCGACAAAUCCUGUGCUUCUACAUAAAGGUUGUAGAUUUUCAGAAAUAAAGCACCCAAAUAAGAUCAAAUCUUUGCAUCAGUUGUAAGUUAGAAACAUUUUUAGUCGCUUUACUUGAUAUUGCAGUACCAUAUUUGUUAAAUCUCAGAAAAACACUUCCGAGAUUUGGUACAUAGAGUAAUACAAUAUGAAGUAGUGUGACUAAAAUUGUUUAUAAUUUAUAAUUGACACAAAGAUUUGGCUGGAUUCGGAAGUCUUCUUACCGAAAGUGUACAAUCUUAAGGUAGAUAAGUAGAAUUUAGUGCAACCCUAAAAUAAACGAUAAACAUCAUGAGUAGUUGGGUGUAGGAAGGAUGUUGAGAGGGUUGUGAUGAAGAACCAUCUCUUGACCGUGUUUACCGCCGGUUAACUGCUGUGGACUGCAGUUAACCGGAAAUUUUUCGGUUAACCGCGGUUCACCGAACGGUUAACCACGGUUAACCGACGGUUUUUUACCGAUUCGAGCGACAUGGGUAUUUCAUUAUGAAAAAUAUUUGUUUAAAUUGAACUUGUACUGUUCGUCAUAUAUAUCUUUUGUAUGAAAUCAAAUACACAUUGAAAUUAAAUCAUAAUUAAAUGUAUCAAUGAAAAUGCAGUAUCCUGUACACAAAAUGUUUUAUUAUUAUUUUUAACAGAAAAAAACGAAAGCAUAUAUUCGGAAAUUUUCGGUUUUACAUGGCCUUUUUCAAUCCUAUAACAUCAGAUAGACUAAAAAUUACAUCGAAACAACAAAAAAUAAUUCUCUU